GUCUCAGCAGUCAUGCCUUAGCGACCUUGAAGUUCGAAGUGGAGUUGCAAGUGAAGUACCAUUUGUGCGAUUGCUCCACCAACGAUGGUUGUGGCUGCUGCGACGGCUAUGCUGGAGAGCUCGAAGAUGCUGGGGAUCCCAUGAAACUCCCGACCGCAUGUCAGCCUGCCCCUUGCGAUAUCGACAACUCGAACAAGGCGAAGGGCUGGGAUUGCAAAUGCAAGCCGGAAUAUAGCGGCAGCAUAUACUGGGAGGGCGCCACCCCGAAAGGGACUUGUACCGUGGCUCCAUGCGAAGUUGACAAUUCCGACAAGCAGCCCGGACCACAGUGCCGAUGCGAGGAUGGAUACUACGGCAACAUCACAUGGCGUAACAGCUCGGCAGAAGGGCCGUGCUUGCCGGCACCGUGUAAGGCUCUAAUUCCGAACUCCACGGGGCGUGGUACAGACUGCAAGUGCAAAUCCGGGUAUGCAGGGCAGAUAAGCGGAGUCCUAGAGGGCGCAAUUUUGGAUCUUCGGGUGGGUUCAGAGUGCCUGUGGGGAUGGGACUGCUUUCAGGCUUUUGUCGUGUUGGCUUGGCUGGUUUCGAAGGAAAGGUCUCCUGGAAUGGCACGCAUGCGGAAGGACGGCUUUGAAGCGACAUGGGAGGAUGACGGCACACAGACGUUGGAAAAGGAUAUUUUGGUCACGUUGUGUGGAGAGGUACAAGAGCAAUAUCAAACUGUAAGCCCAAUGACUGCCGAGGGCGAUACGCCAUUGGAGAGGGUGCGGAUUGUCGCUGCAAGGCCCGCGCCGUGCGACAUCGAGGGGUCCAACUUCCAAAAAGGACCGGACUGCUCUUGCGCAGAUGGGUUCAGCGGGUCUGUGCGUUGGUUUAAGGACGAGUCCCGUGGCGUAUGUAAACCAGCGCCCUGCUCGAUACAAAACUCCAACAUGGAGCCUGGAACAAGAUGUCGGUGCAAACCUGGGUUUGAGGGCAAUAUCACUUGGCAAGGCCCGACUGUUUCGGGCCGCUGCGAGCCAGUGGCUUAG